AUGGAAACGCCCGACGAUGGAAACGCGUGUUUCCGAGGGUGCUGUCGAGGCACGGACGCCGUGCGCGUGGACCACGUCGUGCGCGCGGCGUCGGGACCGUCGUCGAGCGACGCGCGCGUCGCGCGAGGGGACGUUUUGUACCACGGACCGCUCUCCACGGUGUUUUACGGACGAUUCGGUGCGCGCGCGAUCGCGAUAAAACGGCCAAAGCUGCGAACGACGCGGGAGUUGGAUCGGUAUCACGCCGAGUUGAGGAUGAUGUUGACGCUCGAGCACGAAAACGUGGUGCGAGCGGUGGGAGCGUCGGCGAAACCGCCGAAUUAUGAAUUGUUUUAUGAAUUCAUGGACAACGGCGCGGCGACCGAGGCGAUGUACGCGCACGGGUGGACGCCGACGUGGCAGGCGGUGUUACGGUUGGCGCGAGAGGUGGCGAGUGGGAUGGCGUAUUUGCAUCGAAGCGGCGUCGUUCAUCGGGACGUGAAGCCGAGUAAUAUUCUUUUGGAUCGCGUUUGGACGGCGAAGAUCGCCGAUUUCGGUCUCGCCGAGCGCGAGAGCGAUCUUCGAGCGAGUUUACAACACGCGAUUUAUUCAACGGAAGACGCCGAGGGUCGGGCGAGAUUAGCUGGGAAGUGGAUAGCGGGCGAACGCGGGGCGCCGAGCGGAGGAUUUCAAAAGGAACACAUGGUGGGUUCGAUGCUCUACAUGGCGCCGGAGGUGUUGAUGCGCCGAGUGAGCACGUACGGCGCGGAUGUGUACGCGUAUGGGAUCACGAUUUGCGAGAUCGCCACGGGUACGGUGCCAUUCAGCGAUCGUGCGAGAAACGUCGCGCUCGCCCACACGGUGCUCGACGCGAGUUACAACGAACAGGACCUGGCGGUGGCCAUCGCGAGCGAGCACUUAAGACCGGUGUUACCGGGAGAGAUGCCGAGUGCGGACGCUUCGGAGAUCCCCAAGGGUUUCGAUGAUCUCAUAGCGAGAGCUUGGGGGCCCGACGAGCGUUCUCGACCGAGUAUCGCCGCGUUGUCGGAGAAGAUCGACGUCGUCAUCGGGACGUACUGCGCCGAGCGCGGCUUGAGCGACGUUUCCGCGGUGUGGUUGCCUCCCGCGGCAUCGCGCUCGGAACAAGCCAGCGCGGCGGAGGCGGUGUUAAGAGAACCACUCGAUUGGCAAACAUCCGAGUGUGCUUUCGCUCCGCCCACGCCCGAGGCUCGUAAAGUUGCCGCCGAGUUUACCGCCGGCGUCUUCGCUACGGCGGGCGCGCGAGGCGCCGAUAAGAUGGAGGAUCGUCACGUCAUCGCGCACGGCGUCGGUGGCGUCCCGCACGCCCACCUCAUCGCCGUGUUCGAUGGACAUCGCGGGCACGAGGCCGCGGAGUUCGCGAAGGCGCACGUCGAACGAGCGAUUCAGAGCGAGUGGGGCUCGCACGGAGACGACAUUGCGAGCGCGCUCUCCGCCGCGGUCGUCAAACUAGACGAGGCAUUUUGCGCUCGUUUCGACGCGAUUAAGGCGAAAGAGAUGAGCUUGUCGAAGAGCACGCAACAGAGCGCGCGUAAUCCUGGGUGUACCGCCGUCGUCGCCCUCGUCUGGGGUGAUCGCCUGUGCGUCGCAAACGCCGGCGACUGUCGAGCCGUGCUCGCUCGAGCCGACGCUCCAGUGGCGCUGAGUGUCGAUCACGACGCGCAGAGCAACGAGAGCGAGCGAGCACGCAUCGAACGCGAUUUUCCAGGUUCACUCCGGCAAUACGAAGGCGUCUGGCGCGUCGGCGAGGUCGGCGUCGCGGUAACGCGUGCGCUCGGCGACGCGGACGCCAAGGCGCACGGCGUCGUCGCCCAACCAGAAACCGUCGUCGUCACGCUCGACCCCGAGCUCGAUGACGCCUUGAUCUUAGCCUGCGACGGGUUGUGGGACGUCGUGAGUAGCGAGGACGCGAUCGGUAUGAUCAAAGACACGGUGAAAGAGCCGUCGAUGUGCGCCAAGAGACUAGGCUCGGAGGCUCUCACCCGGCUCUCGCGAGACAAUGUCACCGUCGUCGUCGGGUUCAUCCGAGGCGCUCGAACGUGCGAGAACGUGUCCUGGGCGCGCGCAUUUUAG